AUGCCCAACUUGGAACGAUUUUUCUUUGACAUGCAUCCAAAGAAAAGGCACGAAGAGGGUAUCAGCAGGGAUGACGAGGAUAUGGUGUCCAUCGUGUUUGAACUGAACCCGCUUCGGUACAUCUCACUACGUGGUCUGCGCAGCUUUUCGUCGCUUCGACGAAUACUUUACAGCAUGGGCCUACAUUGA